CAAUCAACGCUAAGAUGUAUGCUGCGUAUCUUCUCCGGUGCACGCCUCCUAGUCCUUCUUUUCCUUUUACACGUGGUCUGGUAAGGACGUCAAGGCUUCAAAAUGAAGCGACCAAAACUGAAGAAAGCAAGUAAGAGACUGUCAUGUGCUAAACGCUACAAGAUCCAGAGGAAGGUUCGUGAGCAUCACAGAAAAUUACGUAAAGAAGCAAAGAAACGUGGCUUUCGGAAAUCUAAAAAAGACCCUGGAGUUCCCAACAGUGCACCUUUCAAAGAAGAAAUUUUAAGGGAAGCAGAACAGAGGCGGUUAAAGCUUCAAGAAGAAAAAGAAAAGCAGAAGCUAGCUAGGAAAAAAGAGAAAGCUAAGCGAAAACAAGAAGGUGGUAAAGACCAGAAGACAAAAUCCCAGAAAAGCGAGAAACUUCCAGCGAAACAAUCCGAAUCGCACAAAAAGGAAGCUAAACAUUUUACAGCGUCCUUCUGCCAAGAAAUACAAAAAGUUAUUGAUGCCAGUGAUGUUAUCCUCGAAGUUUUAGAUGCAAGAGACCCUCAGGGCUGUAGGUGUCCACAGAUAGAGGAAACCAUCCUAAAAUCUCAAAAGAAAAAGUUGCUGUUAGUCUUGAACAAAGUCGAUCUAGUACCAAAAGACAUUGUCACAGACUGGAUAAAAUGUCUGCAACUAGAAUUUCCCACAGUUGCCUUCAAAUCGGCUACCAUGUUUGAAGACAGUAUGAAGGUAGUGACACAAAAAAUGCCCCCAGGUGGAGUUACACAGCUAAUGAAAGGCAGUGCCUGUUAUGGGGGUGAUGUCUUGUUAAAACACCUAAAAGAAUACUGCCAUACCCAGAUGACAGAUGGCACUUUAAAGGUUGGAGUCAUUGGACUCCCUAAUGUAGGCAAAAGCAGCAUAAUUAAUAGUUUACGGAAAGCUGAGGUUUGCAACACUGGUAUUUCCAGGUGUACUACAAAGCGCAUCCAGGAGGUGAAAAUUGACCUCCACAUCCGGAUGAUUGACUGCCCUCCUAUCAUUGCUGCCCCCUCAAACUCUGUGGCUACUCUGGCCUUAAGAGGUCAUGUUGACAUUGAGAAUAUGGAAAAUCCAAGAGGGGCAGUCAAUGCACUACUCAAACAAUGUGGCAAACAAAAGAUCAUGAUGACAUAUAAUUUGCCUGACUUCAGAAAUUCCUUGGAAUUUUUAACUUUGCUUGCGCAGAAGAGGGGGUUUGUGAAAAAGGGGAACAUUCCAGAUACAGAUAAAGCUGCACGAAUUUUCCUGAAAGACCUGACUGGGAGUAAAAUGAAUUACCAUUGUAAUCUUCCCAAUGAACUUAACAGUUCUUCAUGCCUUUCUGAAGAUGACCCGCUGCAAUAUGACAAUCUUAAGACACUGUCUGCUGUGAAGUGUCCCACAAAGUCAAGUAGCAUUACGUUUCAGUCAUUAAAUGCCACAAUUGGACUGUUGGAAGACGUCUCGGAGGAAAGUGGUGAACAUAUGGAGCAAUCUAAUGAGCAAGAGGAGGAACACAUGGAGGAUGGUGAAGACGGUGUAGAAAUGGAAGAGAAUGAACCAUCUGUAAGCAGACAAGGAACCAAAAAACGAGUUUCUGUAAAGAAUGCACCUGAAAAGGACAAAGCAGAAAUGGAAAUGGCCAAGAAAACAAAAUUGCAGGCGCCCAUUGACAUCAACUUUUCAUCAGCCAAUCUUGGUGAUGAUGACGCUUAUGAUUUUAAUACGGACUUCAACUGAGGACCGUUGUGGAAGAGGAGUCCUUAAUUUCCAGUGUAAUAUAACAGUUCAUCAGUUGUAAAUGUUGUGAAUUCUUGUACAUAUUUUGUAAAAACCGUUGAUGCCCCUGGGGGAUGUAAUGAAGGGAACUAAAUAAAUGCUUACCUUCACAA